AUGAACCAGAUCCGUCAUAUCCGCAAUCCACUCCUCGAGCCCAACCUUCUUAUUGCCCUGCAACCGCUCAUGCUGAAGAAUCUCCCGCAGACUCGCCAGACACUGGUUGAAGAAGAUAAGUCUGUUAUGGCGCUCGCAGAGGUAGUCCUUUUCAAGGGCGAGACGGCGGGCCAGAGCGUUGAUUUCUUUUUCCAGGGCUUCUUUUCGGGCUGGGGGUUGGGGUUGUUUUGGUUGUAG